AUGGAAUCUGGUAGAGUGAGAAGACCAAGAAAUAAAGUCAAUAGGGCUUGUUACAAUUGUCGUAGACGUAAGAUUAAGUGUACUGGUAAAUACCCAUGUUCAAGCUGUGAAGCCUAUCAGUGUGAAUGUCUCUAUUUUCCUGGUUAUGUACCUACCAAGAGCAAUACCAGUACCAAUGGCAAUACAAACGUUAAUGCAAAGGCUGACGAUAAUAGUUGGAAAUUACCUAUAGAAAAUCCACAACCAAACAAACUGCAAAGUAAUGAAAGUUCAUCUUCGACUGGCAGGUCAAGUAGCACCGCAGAUGGUUCUGGUAAAACACCAACUUCAUCAUUCAAUUCUAAUCAAACCGAUGAAGAUGAGUUGAUUCAAGAUUGGGAAGCAGGUGAAUUAGCAUCAAUGCCACCUAUUGAACUCAACGGUGGUAGUGUUGGUUUCUAUAAGGAUGAUAUUGAAUUUCAGAAAAAAUUAUCAAACUUACAACAGUGCUUGAAACAGCUUAAAUCUAUACCCAAUCCAAAUGAACAGAUAAAGGAAAUCAUCAAUAGCAUUAAUGUUCAAGUAGAUACAUUGGUUAGUGACUGGGAGCCAGAAUAUGAUGUUAAGGAAUAUAAUAAAGUUUUAAAGAAUGAUGGUGAAAGUAUGAAAUCAAUCGAAACACAUUUAAUGAAGAAUAAAUAUGCAGAUCAAGUUGCAUUAACAAGUUUUGCAGUUUGGACCGAUACUAGUAAGUCUGAAAAAAAUGGUAUACCAGCAUCGUCCUUUUUAGCAAACCAACCGUUAGUGGAUGAUAUGUUUGGAUUAUAUUCCCCUGUACAAGCGUUAUCCCUCAGAGGUAUUGGUCAUUUGUUUCAAAGAUGUGUAAAACUGGCCACGUCAACUGAAAAAACUGUUCAGAUGAAAAGUAAUCUUUACCUAUUACUUAGAUUUUUUGAUAUUUGCAUUGAUCAUUUUAACCAGAGUUGCGUUUCAAUAGCUAAUCCCUUAGAAAGUUACCUUCAAAGAAAAUCUUUACUACUAUCAAGUCCCAAUACAACAUCUUCUGUGUCGAGUCGUAACAGUGCUAAUAGUAAGGAUUUAAUUGGUGUCCUCAUAAACCGACUACCACAACCUUUUACUCAAAAUGUUACUUCCAUUGACAAUAAAAAACUAUUGGACUCAAUGCAUGAUGAUUUCGAUAUGUUUAGCUUAUUGCUGAAAAUGUUUGAUGAUCACAAAAAAGGGUUUGAGUCCCUAAUGAUAAAGAUUACCGCUAACCCAGGACAUUUAACAAUGUUUGCACCCAAAAUGUCUACAGCUGAUAUUCAAGAUUUUAUCUGGUAUUGUGAACAAGAAGAAUUGUUGGUAGCACUGUCUUACAGUUAUUAUAAUUCCACAUUGUAUCACUUUGAUGAAUUUUCAAGGAGUUUAGAGUAUUUCGAUCUUUUACUAUCAUUAAUCGAUAAACAGGUAUGGCUCCAUGAAAAAUACGGAUUUGAAAAAGUACUUGACGUUGCAACUAGUUAUGCUACUGGGUUAGGGUUAUCGCGUUGGGAAUUCUAUGUUGGAUUAGAUGAACUUACGGCGGAGAGACGCAGAGAAAGUUGGUGGAAAUAUUACUGUAUUGAAAAACAACACAAUUUCUUUACUGGAAUCCUUUCAUCUAUCAAUGAUAGUAAGAUGAAUUGCCUAUUGCCACGAGUGUUUCGGGAUGCAGGAUUUUCUGAUCAUAGGCAUUUUGUCUCCAAUGUUCAUUUGACUGUCAAUAAUCCUGUAUUCCACUCAAUGGCUUUGAAUGAUUUAGCUUUCUAUGGGGAAUGUGCGGUUUGUCAAGUCAUAAGUGAAUUUUAUGGGGGGACUUUAUACGAAGAACGUUAUACCUCCAUUAAAAACACAGCAAAACCACCAUUUGUCAAAUAUUGUCUGUUGGAAGAAGUGUUGAGAGAUACUGAUAUGUUAAAAACGAAAUUACAGGCAAUCAAGAUUCAAACUAAGAGGCUGUACGACAUUGCGUACUCAAAAAAUGAAUAUGAAGGUGACAGUGUCUGCAGACAAGAUAAAGUCUUGGCAGUUAAGCACGUUUUAUUACAAGGUUGUCUGUUAUUUUAUGUCUCAAGCGCUGUUAAUAAUUUAAUCUCAAGACUUCGAGUACAUUCAGACCAAUCGAAUGUGAGAUCUAGGGAAAACGAAUAUAGGGAAAUCCUUCGGGAGGAGUACAUCAAUAUGACCAAGUUGAUGUUAUCGCUGGAAGAUGACUACUCAGUCAGCCGUGCAUUUGGGCACUAUAGUCACGUCUUCCUUAUGGUUGUUUCAGGAUCUUUUUCUGGUUGUCGCUUUGAGCCUACAAUAGAUGAAGUGGUAAUGGUACUGAGGUUAUUUAGAAGACUAAGGGAUAUAUCAAUUUACCGUGAAAAUAAAGAUCAGGAUACCAUUAGAAAUAGCAAGGCAUACAGCGAUUUCCUUCAGUUGUGCACCUUUGUGAGUAUCCUAACUAACAGCUUGUUACAGAGUUAUAUGUUUCUAAAUGAUUUGACCAAGGAGCAACUUUUCACAGUGUUAGCCGACGCUGCUCCAGAGCUGCAAGGUUUGGUUCCUUUAAUCUUAAAUCCUAAAUCUGAGAUCUAUAGACAUUUGAUGGAGCCGGUACAAGAAUCUGGUGUUCAUACGAAUGUAAAGAAAAUGUUGGAAAAGGGACAAAAAUUUCCAAAUAAAAAACGUGUUUAUCCUAAGACGGCAGUUCAAUCAUUAUCUCCCAGUAAUAAGAAUUCUCCAGAGGUCCAGUCAUUCCCAUUUGCUCAAGCUGAUAUACCCGUAUGUCAAAAGGCACGUGAUGGUCUUUCCCCCGGAAGAAAUAUGGCAACUCCAGUGGAUGCAUUACUUAAUAGCGAUGUGCCUGGCGGAACCAUUAUCAAUGAACGUCCGAAUGGUUCUCCUGAUUAUGGUUUCCAACCUAUGUUUGGUGCUGGUGAUGGUUCCAACAAAUUUAAUUUGGGUACUGUAGAUGAAUUUGUGCACAAGGGUGAUUUAAACGACUUAUAUACUACCCUUUGGAGUGAUCUCUAUUCGGAUGAAUCUGGUCAAUCUAUUCUGGCACUCAAUAAUUUUGCACCAGACCUUGGCGAUCAGAACUAA